UGGAUCGUUUCCGACAAACGCAAGAGAAUUAUCAGAGAAAAAAAAAAAAGGGAAAAACAAAAUUCCGCCUUUAGGGGAAAAAAAGAAAGACGAAGAGAUUUUUGUGUCUUAAGUCUUAGGGGUUAGAAGACUCUCGCCAUCCAGUCGACGUAUCACUGGAAAAGGAUCAGUGCUGCCUUCUUCUAGUGCAGUAGGCGGGUUUUGGUCAGUGCUAGUUUCCGGUGGGCUAAUAUGAGCUUUACAGGUCCUUCUGUUGGCCCUGGUGGUAGAACUGUUAGAAGAGCACUUGAGUUUGGAAGAACCUAUGUGGUCAGGCCCAAAGGUAGACACCAAGUGACCAUAGUUUGGCUACAUGGCCUUGGUGAUAAUGGUUCAAGCUGGUCCCAGCUCUUGGAGACCCUCCCCCUUCCAAAUAUUAAAUGGAUAUGCCCAACUGCCCCUACUCAACCAAUAACUGUAUUUGGUGGCUUUCCAUCAACUGCUUGGUUUGAUGUGGGAGACCUUUCAGAAGAUGCUCCUGAUGAUAUAGAGGGUUUGGAUGCUGCUGCAGCACAUGUUGCAAAUUUGUUGUCAACAGAGCCUGCUGACAUUAAACUUGGUGUUGGAGGCUUCAGUAUGGGUGCAGCUACCUCCCUAUACUCUGCAACCUGUUUUACUCAUGGAAAAUAUGGAAAUGGCAAUCCGUAUCCUGCCAAUUUAAAUGCAGUUGUAGCACUUAGUGGAUGGCUUCCAUGUUCAAAGACUUUGAAAGACAAAAUAGAAGCACAGGGUGAAGCUGUAACACGUGCUAGACACUUGCCCAUUUUGCUAUGCCAUGGCAAAGGUGAUGAUGUGGUUCCAUAUAAAUUCGGUGAGAAAUCCUCUCGAGCAUUGAGUUCAAAUGGAUUUGAGGACACAACUUUCAAAUCCUACAAUGGGCUUGGGCACCAUACAAUCCCUGAGGAGAUGGAAGAGGUCUGUGCUUGGUUAACUUCAAAACUGGGCCUUGAGGGUCGAUCCACAUAAGGAUGUUUUGCAUUAUUUGGAGCAAGCGAAAUGGUGGGGAGAAAUUAUUUACGAGUUGCUAGAAAACAAAAUUGAGCAAAAUUGUUCUGGUUCUGGGUAUAGUGAUAAUUUGCAUACCUUGUUAUUUCUCUUGUGAUUGAUCUUGCUUCAUUGGCCUUAGACCUUUCUAGAACCGUGUGAUGAAUCAUGAGAAUAUGUACCGAUUUGACCGUCAACAUGCAGUUUGGAAUUUUAUUAUUCGGAAUGCAAUCUGGAUUGUAAAUUUUAUGCUUUGCUCGAUAAUAUUCCUCUAUAUUCAUUGUAAGAAAAGGACUCACGGUUUUCUGAUUC